CCGCCGCACAGCCUGCGAGGACGUCCGUCGCAGACCACAGCACCAUGCCUGAGGGAGCCCGUCGAGGCAGCAAGAAGAAAGCAGGCAGUCAAGCGGCCGCCAGACCAUCCUCCGUGUCCUCGCUGAGCGGGAUCGCCGGCGGCAUGGCCGCCGCCGCCAUCUCGGGCAGCUGCACCUCGGUCAACACGGUGUGCUCGGACGGCGAGCGGCCCGUCAGCCUCAGCUCCUCCGCCUCCUCCGCCUCCCUGCCCGACAGCCAGAGCGCCUUCGGCAGCAGUGGGGCCUUGGGCGGGGGCUGCCCCGCCGGCUACCCGCCCGACGCCCAGCAGAACGGCAGCGACAUCAGCCUCGAUCUCACCCCGGUGGCGCUGCUGGAGGGGCCGGCCGAGGGGCCCCCGGGGGGCGCCAAGUGUGGCGGUGGCAAUGCCUGGUCCCCCGGGCCUGCCAGAGCCAGGGAACGGCGGGUCAAGCUCUCCCAGCUGGACCGGGUGGUGCUGGAGAUUGUGGAGACGGAGCAGGCUUAUGUGCGGGACCUGAGGAGCAUCGUGGAGGAUUAUCUUGGCUGUAUCAUAGACAGUGGACAUCUGCCCCUCAAACCCGAGCAAGUGAGCGCUUUGUUCUGCAACAUCGAAGACAUCUAUGAGUUCAACAGCGAGCUCCUGGAAGAGCUGGAGAGCAGCAGCAGCGCCCAUGCCAUCGCCGAGUGCUUCGUGCAACGGAGCGAGGAAUUUGACAUCUACACCCUGUACUGCAUGAACUACCCCAACUCGGUGUCGGUGCUGCGGGAGUGCAUGGAGAACCAGGUGCUGGCGGGGUUUUUCCGAGAGCGCCAGGCCACGCUGUGCCACUCUCUGCCCCUGGAGACCUACCUGCUGAAACCCGUCCAGAGGAUCCUCAAAUACCAUCUCCUGCUGCAGGAGCUGGCCCGGCACUGCGAGCGGAGCGGCGCAGGCUACGAGGCGGUGGAGGAAGCCACCAUCACCAUGACGGCCGUGGCCUGGUACAUCAACGACAUGAAGCGGAAGCAGGAACACGCCGCCCGGCUGCAGGAGCUGCAGGGGCUGCUGGUGGGCUGGAUGGGGCCGGAGCUGGAGGCCUUCGGGGAGCUGGUGCUGGAGGGGCAGUUCCGGGUGCAGCGGGUGCGGCGGGAACGCGCCUUCUUCCUCUUCAGCAAGAUGCUGUUGGUCGCCAAGCGCCGCGGGCCGGCCUUCGUCUACAAGAGCCACAUCUUCGUAAGGGGGGGCCCCGACCCAGUCGGGGAUGGGAAGGGGGAGGGGCACCCCCAUCCCCUGGGGGGGAGAUGGAGGACGCCUGGGGCUUCCCCCGCAGCAGGCGGCAGUCAGAGCCACCCAAAUUCAUGUGCAGCCCGGAGAGAGCCCGCAAAAGGCUGCCCCGUCGUCCAGCUGGACGGCGCCACUCAGUACCGCCGGGGGCGCAGGCAAUCCGAGCCGGCCACUGAGCUGAGCCAGAUGGGGCAGGAGCAGAACGGUCGCUGUCGGGGGCUCCCGGCCACCCCCAAAUUGAAGCACGCGGGCAGCGAGGGGGAGCUGUUCCCCGCCCCACCGCCACUGGCGCUCUCGGGCAGCGUCUGCACCCUGGACUCCAGCGUGGCCGAGGAGUCAGACCCCGGCGAGGACGCCAAGUCGCCCCCGUUCUGCCUGGCCGAGGAGCCGCUGUCCAUCACCGAGGAGAUCCUGGAGUUGCUCACCCAGAGGGGGCUAAGCAGGGACCUGGGGACAGAGGAGACGCCCUGGGGGCAGGGGGAGCAGCGCCCUGGGAGCCCCACUCCACAGCCGGAGCAGGAUCCGCCUCUGAGCCGAGCCGUGCUGGGAGAACGAGCCGAGGGAAGCGAGGUUCAGGAGGGAGACGCCGCCGGGCGAGACGAGCCCCACCCUGGCAGCCUCGGCGUGACGCAACCCCUCCCUCCGCACCGUCCCCCCCGCAGCGAAUCGGAGGAGAAGCAGGAGCGGGGCCCUUCCCCUCUUUGUGUCCUGGAAGACCUGGGUGCAGAAGAGGCCGCCGGCAAGCCAGAGGUCCUGGCAGGGGACAACGCCCUGCAUGCGGGGCGGGAAGCGUCCAGCGGGGAGCUCGGCUCCACCGAUGGGGCCUGCCCCCCGUACAGGGAUGGGUCAGCGCGGGACUCGCCGCUGACCCGAGACGACCGGCUGCUGAUUGAGAAGAUCAAGUGCUACUACGAGGCGGGCGAGGCUGCCCCAGACCCCCCCGCUCGGGAGGGCGCCCUCUCCGCCCCCGCCGGCGUGGUGCGGGACUCUGUGCUCCACCUCAACCGCCUCCCCCAGCAGGAGGGUGCCACGGACCGCGAGGGGGGCGGGGCUUCCUGGGCCAAGGCCCGCCCUGCCCGCCAGGAGGAUGCUAGGAGGAGGUGGGGCCAGUUUCUUGACCAAAACACCACCCCUCAUGACGCCAACCAAGAGGAUUCUGGGAAGGGAGAGGGCCCGGCCUUUGAUCAAGGCACUCAAUUUGGCGCCAACCAAGAGGCCCAAGAGGAUGUUGGGAAGGGACAGGACCAGCCUAUCAACCCAGACAUCCAUGGCGCCAACCAAGAGGAUGCUGGGAAGGGGCGGGACCAGCUCAUCAACCAAGGCACCGAAGCUAGCGCCAACCAAGAGGAUGCUGGGAAGGGGCGGGGCCAGCUCAUCGACCAAGGCACCGAAGCUGGCGCCAACCAAGAGGAUGCUGGGAAGGGGCGGGGCCAGCCUGCCAGCCAUGUUGCCCUGCCCCCUGCCAGCCAGGAGCCCGAGUACAAGUCGUGCGCGGAGAUCCGGCGGGCCUGGCGGGAGAAAGAGCGGGGGGCGGCGGACGCCCUGGGAGCACGCACCCCCCGCAUGAAGCAGGGCAGCAAAGGGCCGGCGGCCGCCCGCGAGCCCCCACCGUUCCUGGAGCCCCUGUGGAUUGUGGAGGAAUCGGAUCUGGCUGCCCCGCCCCGGCUGUCCCGUGGCGACGCGGUCCCUCGUGCCAAUGGUGUCCCGCCCGCCGGCUACGCCCCCCUGCCAGGGUUAUAUGAGGACACUGCCCCUUGCCUGCUGGAGAACUCGGAGCGGAUCCUCAGCAAGGUGCAAGCCCUGGCGCGGAUGUACAGCGAGAAGAUCAGCCGGGCCAAGACGGCCCGGAGGCCGCAGGACGGGCCGCGCCGCCCGGCACCCAGCAGGAUGGGCACCCUGGAAAGCCUGCGGGAGGAGAUGCCAGGGCCCUGCCUCCCUCGCUGCGAACCCCGGCUUUACGGCCACGUGCUCAUCCGCGAGCCCCCCCUGCACGUGAACUGCGUCCAGGAGAACGUGCUGCUGGUGGCCGCCGCCCGAGGGAACGCCCUGGAUCUGCGCAGCGACCGGCCUGCACCUCUCCUGGCUUCCCGGUGCCUGGGUUCGCCCCCGGCAGAGGAGCCGGGAGCCGCCCGGCAGGAGCCUCCCCCCCCGCUGGUGGAAUCGCCCGCGAAGCUCAGCGGGGACCCCCCGAGCCCAGGCGAUCCGGUUGGGGAAGCCCCCGUCAUGGACAGCUCUCCCCCGCCGGCUCCUGACGCUACCAGUGGAACUGGCACGACACCCGAAGCCAGGGACUUUGAGGGAGCCGGGUGCCCGUCGGUGCCAGGCUGCCGAGCCGAGCUGGCGGUCUGCGGGCGCCGGGGUGAGCCAAGCGCCAGGGAGGUUUCUGCGGAUACAGCAGCCUCCUCUCCCUUCAGGGAAGCGGCCCCGAGCCAGCAGGCGUCAGAGGUGACCGGGCUGGUCCCAGCCGCCUCCCCCAGCCCUGCGGCGGAACGGCAGCCUGCGUGUGUUGGCACGUCCACCGAGCCCGACCCGCUGGGGCCGGGCCCCUCCAUCCCUGGCGCUGGCCCCCCGGAGCCGGCGGGGGAGCAGAGCGGGCCCGUCGCCGUCCUGCUGCCAGAGGAGCGAGCCCUGGCUUUGGGCAGGGAUUCCCGGCCUGGCACUGAGGAGCUGCUCCCCCAGCCAUCGCCGGGGCCCGUCCGCUGCGGGACUGGAGAGGCGUCCCUGUCUCCCGCGCCGGACCCCGUCCCGCCGGCGGCGCCCUCCAGUGCUGCGGGAUCCCCGUCUCCGCUCCACAGCAACGUCCUGCCCCUGGCAGCUCUGCCGUGCCGGGGCACCUGCCUGCCUUCCCGGGCCACGGGAGUGGCACGCCCGUCCCCGGAGCUGUCCUCAGCUGCAGCUGCCCAGCCCAGCCGCUCCGUGGCCCGGUCGGCUCCCGCUUCGCCCAGCUCCGGCCCCCUCCCGGCUCUGCCGCGCCUCCAGACCUCCUCCCCGGCACACCGGCGCCUCUCCUCCAGCGCCGCGGCCAUCUCCAGGUACAUCGCCGCCUCCUGCAUCAGCCAGAGCCUGGCCAAGAGAAAUGGUGCCCCCUCGGGGCCACCUGGCACCCAGCCACCGCUGGCAGAGACCUCGGCACCCACCAGGCCUCUGCCUCCCUGCUCAGCCAUCCCGAGACCGUCCUCCUGCCCCUUGGGGCCACCUGGCACCCAGCCUCCGUCGACAGAGACCCCGGCACCCACCAGGCCUUUGCCUCCUUGCGCAGCCGUCCUGAGACCAUCCUGCCCCUUGGGGCCACCUGGCAUCCAGCCUCCAUCGACAGAGACCCCGGCACCCACCAGGCCUCUGCCUCCUUGCGCAGCCGUCCCAAGACUGCCCCCCGGCCUCUUGGGCUCCAGAGCUCCAGCCCCCCCAUCUGCUCCAUUCCCCAGUGAGAAGGCCAACGCCUGGUCCCAUGGUACCAGCAAGCGGGACCCUUCCCAGCUCAGCGUCUGCCCUUCCCCCUGUGCCAGCCCUGGGUCGCCCUCUCCCCCGGGCUGUUGCCGCGAUUCCAGCUGGCUGGAGGAGCCCAUCCCCUCGGCGUCUGGCUCGGCCGUGCUGCUGGCCUUCGACCGUCUCUCGGGGACGUGCCCGGUCCCCCGGGCUAAGCAGCCCGCCCCCUUCUCCUCCGCUUCAGAGCCCAGCUCCAGGGUCCAGUCUCCAGCGCCGGCGUGCCCCCGGGUGUGCUCCCCCCCUCCCUCCAGCCAGCGCCACGCAGUGGGUAGAGCUGGCUGUGCCCCCCCACGGCCUUGCUCCUUUGCCCCCUUGCACGUCCCCACACAGCCUUCCACCCUCCGCCUCUCCUCCCCCCUGCAGCCCACCUCCCAUCCCUCCGCCACGUUACCUCAGCCGGGCAGGAGGCCGAGGGGAAACCCCGAGAGCCCUCCAUCCCCUAGAGACGGAGACGGGGCGGGGUGCUGCUCCAGGGCGCCCCCUAGCAACUCAGCCAGUCCCAGCCCCGACGAACUGGAUGGCAUCAAGUGGCCAGACGUCCCCGGCUUGCGUUCCAGGUACGCUGACCGGGCGGGCAGCAUGGGGCCGCCAGGCUCGCCAGAGGAGUACCCCAAAGCGAGAGCGGACUUGGCUCGGGACACGGGACCCCAUCGGGCCAGCUACUCCACCACCGUCAACAUCCAGAUCGGGGGCAGCGGCCGGAUCGCCUCCUUCAGCAACGCUCAGGUCAGCCUCACCCACCCGCUGCUGGCGGCGCCCGGGCAGCACGGCGCUAGGCGGAUCAACGGCAGCACCUUAGAGACCCCGCAGAAAACGUGACGGGCCAGGUCGGGCGGGGGGGAGGGGGGGGUUACAGCCACGGCUGCAGGAGCGCUCCUGGCUCUGCACGUGCCCGGGACCAGUGGUAAUAUAUUUCUGGGGCUGGCUGGUAUGUGGGGGGGGAUGAAUUGUUAUUGACCCACUGGGGUUGGCAGGGGUGGGGCCAGAUCCCCAGCUAGGGUAAUUUGGCCGUACUCUAUUGACACCAGCUGGGGAUCUGGGCCCAUUGACCCCACUGGAAUGAGGCCCAUUGAUACUAGCUGGAGAUCUCGGUCCAUUGACCCUAAUGGAGCGAUGCCCAUUGACUCCCAGUGGAAUGAGGCCCAUUGAUACUAGCUGGAGAUCUCGGUCCAUUGACCCUAAUGGAGCGAUGCCCAUUGACUCCCAGUGGAAUGAGGCCCAUUGACACCAGCUGGGGAUCUGGGCCCAUUGACCCCACUGGAAUGAGGCCCAUUGAUACUAGCUGGAGAUCUCGGUCCAUUGACCCUAAUGGAGUGACGUUCAUUGACCCCCAAUGGAAUGAGGCCCAUUGAGGCCAGCUGGGAAUCUGGUUUCCUGAGUGACUUCAGAGGCACAGUGGGGUGGAUAAGGCCAGCUGAACUCGAGAGUCCAUCCGUGCAAUUAAGCAACUGUUUCCAGGCCAGGAGGGAUCAGCGGGGCCUGGUCUGUAAAAGCCGUGUGCCCCCAACUGAUUGUGCUGGUCCCAGCCAGGUGGCCGCGGCUCCCACAGGCCAACAGGCAAAGUGCUCCCCCCCCUGCAAGCCCCAUUGCGAGGCAGACGGCAUUCAGUUCUGGCUCUGGGUGGUUUUAACCGCCUGGUUUGUUCCUCGGCUGGUUGGGCCUGCAUCGGGACCAAAGUGAGCGGUGUGGGUGUUUGUAAAGGGGAGUGGGCACUAGAGGGACACAAACGCACACAGAAGACUAGCCAGCAGGAGCGUGCACGGCGCAGUACGGACACAUGCACACCUCUUUAACCAGCAGGGGGAUCUGCAUGCACAGCCGCCUAGCCAGAAGGGAGCAGUGUGGACGCACAGAGAGCCAGCAGGGGGCAAUAGGAAUACACCCAAUUAUUUCCCCCUAAGUGUGAAAACCAAAGUGUCUUCCGGGCCAAAUCCUUGCUUCAGCCAAACUCUCCUUGAAGCAGCCCAGGAGAGCGGGGGCAGCAGGCAUGAGGAAAGCCAUUGUCCUGGUUCAGAGCCGCCAGCCCCACCGCAUCUGGCCCCGUUGAGCUGUAUGAAGCCUGGCUCAGAUCGCUAGACCCAGGGGUCAGGUUCAGUCUUUGGACUCUGGCGCAUUGAGAUCUGAGCUGUGGCAGCCACACACCAUCCCUGUUGUGCCUUCGCUCUGGUGUCCCCGGGCAGAAACCCAGCUCCACACAGGUCCCUCUUAAACCUGCGUGAGAUGUUGGCCAGGGGUUGUAUUCCCAGUUCUGCUACAAACUCCUAGUGUGUGAUUGUGGUCUAGCCACUUAAUCUGCCCUGUGCCUCAUUUUCCCCCAUGGGGAUUGUGGACUCUUUGGGGCAGGGUGUGUAGCUUGCUCUGGGCACGGCAUACAUCUCAAUGUUCCCGGGUGCUACUGUAAUUAAUCUAAUAUAAACCAAAACGACAGCUCUGGUGAGCAGGAGCGGGUGCUGUUUAGCCUCCAUGCCCUCAAAGGUCUAGGAAGUGGAAGUUGCUUUCUCUGCAAGGGAACCACAGAUGUGUCCUCAACACACACGUAAGAGUUGACCCCAGGGUGUGCUGGAAAUGUCAAGGCAGCCACACGUCCGUCUCUUUCCGAGGCCUAAAUGCACCUUAAAUUCAGAAAAUUUCCCCAUAAAAAUUGCAGUGGGACAGUUGGGUAGAACUGUUUUUUUUUUUAAGUAUUUGUAUCAGAUCAACAUGGAAAUCACCGGCUCAAUGUCCGUUUAAACCAGCUGGGAAUCUGGCCCCAUUGACCCCAGUGGAACGAUGCCCCGUUUAAAUUAGGUGGAGCUCCAGCUCUUAAUCCCUACAGAGUGGCAACUGGUGCAGAUUACUCCAGAAUGAUUUUUUCCCCUUCCCUACACCCAUAAAACCUGUAACUCAAAACCACCCCUCCGUUUCUUCCUAGCUUUCCCUGGAGCUGAGUUGCUGUGAGAUUCUAGUUGAUCUCUCUGACCAAUUCAAGACGCAAAAUAAAUUUGCUUAAAUAUUGCAAGUAAAAUCCCUCCAGACGUAGCAAUCCUGGGUUGUGAUUUGGAUGAAACUUCUUGGAGUGUUUGAAUCCCUGCUCGUUUGCCUUGAAAUUAACAAGGGGAAAUCAUAGACGUCUGUGUGUGUUUCCUUUCCCUAAAAGAGGAAAUCAGGAAGAGGGGGGCAAUGAAACGAGAAUAA